GCUGAAUCUUUCGUUUUUUUUGUGCCUCUUCGCUUACUUCGUAAUAUAACUGUUUUAAUCAUUUAGUAAAUAAUUUAAAUUCCACAAAAAGUAUAUGCUUAUAAAGCAAAGCACUUAAGGAAUUCAGUGAACAUCUUCUGAAAUUUCUGGCGUUGCAAUUUUUGUUGAGCGGAUUGUUUCUGACGCAUCCUUGUAUUGACUACUCAUCGUUAUAACCCCUAUGACAUGGAGACCCGGUGACCUGUUCUUUGCACACACCUUCUGCUUUUAGCAGCAUUUAACAAAAAGUUGCGCUGUUAUAGGUGUUGGUUUUGUUUGUUGUUUGAUUUGCACAGCUUCGUUUGUAUUUCUCAAAGGUUUGGCUGUACGAAACAUUCUGACUGAAAAUGACGUCCAGGUCUCAUUUUUCUUCAAUCCCAUUGUCGAAUCCUAAUCGUCGGUUUUAUGGACAGCCUCCUGCAGGUCCUAGUAACGUUGGACGUUCUCAACGGUCAAUGUCCGAAAGACUUUCACAGGUCUGGGAGCAGACAGAGGAGUAUUUUGAACCUGUGAAACCGUAUCUUACUCCAUUGGGUCGUUUUCUUAUUAUAGCAACUUUUUUUGAGGACUCUUUCCGUAUUUGCACACAAUGGGGCGAUCAAGUUGCGUUUAUGCGUGAUUAUCGUAGAUUUCGAUUUGGAACAGCUCCGCUUUUACUGUUCAUCAACGUAAUUUUGAUGUUCUUCGGCUCCCUACUUGUCGUUAUAAAGAGAAAACAGAUGUAUGCAAUUGCGUCGCUGCUUUUUGUUGUUGUUCUGCAAACUUUCUGUUACGGACUCCUCUUUGACGUUGAUUUCUUUUUCCGAAAUCUCAGUGUUAUUGGAGGUUUGGUUCUUGUAGCUGGAGACACAUUUAUCCAUCAUCGUGUCAAUCGUUUUGCUGGCCUUCCCGCUGUUUCGGAAACUAACAAGCGUACUUACUUCCAGCUCACUGGACGUGUCUUGCUUAUUUUUAUGUUUAUUGGUCUCUUGGCAAAAGAAACGAAUCGCACACCUACUCGGAUCUUAGUUCACAUCAUGUCAGCCAUUGCUUGUGUUAUGGUCGUUAUUGGUUUCAAGGCCAAGGUUUCUGCGACUAUCCUCGUUUUCAUCUUAAGCAUCUCCAAUUUUAUUAUUAACAGCUUUUGGACUCUUCCUAAAGAUAGUCCUCAUCGUGAUUUUUACCGUUAUGAUUUCUUUCAAACUUUGUCCAUCAUUGGUGGCUUAUUGUAUCUAGUUAACACCGGUCCUGGAAAGAUAUCUGUGGACGAAAAGAAAAAGUUCUAUUAAGAACACACAUUGUUUUAUUGUUCCCUUCCGGUACAUAUGGGCCCACAUCUCAACGCGCUGUAAUGUCCUUAGGAUCUUCACGAUUUUUAUCACUUCCUCUGCUAUAAAAUCCCCGCAUUGAAUGAAGCUACGAUUCUAAAGAACAGGUUGAAUAUAGCAUGUCGGCCUCAAAUUCAUCACGACAGAAAUAACCAAAUUUAUGACCUUCAACUCAUGUGAAUGAGUCUUUAGUAUAACAGUGAAAUUUGGAAUUACUUUGGUACAUAUUGAUUAAAUUGAGCGAGUAUGUAUUUCAUGGCUACUCAAAUUCCCGAUAAGGUAUCGAGAAAUUCUAUAAGCCUGAUCGUGUCUUUGGUUCUGCUAUUUAGUUUAUGAUUUGGUCCAAGAUGAUGGUAUAUGUGGUUGAGAAUACCAUUUACAUCGUUUAUAGUUCCCUUAUGAACUGCGUAGUAAGUACACGUAUUUACCGGGCACUUCCAAAGCACUUGAGAGUUUUUUUGAAUGUCAACAAGCUAUAGUUCGGGGUUAGUUCAAUGAAAAGCCAUAAUGCGCUGUAAGUGCAACUUACUCUAAUUUUUUUUAAAAGCGGUAAAUUCCGUUGACGAUGAAAAUAAUGUUUUGACUUUUCCAAAAGCGAAUUAACCUUUGUGGAAUUUUCAGGAAGAAGUGUGUCCACUAUUGAGUUUGCAUUUUUAGAUGAGCUUGAAUGUGAUCUGCCCUUUUUCGUAUAUGGUUUAAUACCAUGUGAGUUAAGAACGAGUUUUGACCAUAUUGAAGGAAUAUCCGGCAACGAUUCUGAAUAUAGAGUCUCCAAAAUAUUAUAAAAUUCGUGAUAUAUGCUCAAAGAGCACCAAUAAAUAUUGUCUGCGUUCAUCCGCCUCACUAGAUAUGGGAUAUGGUUGAGAAGUGCGGACUCUGCAUGCAUUGAAGUAAACUUCAAACAAUUUAUUAUAUCUUUUGUGUAUUGAUCCUUCAUGUAAUCCGAACUUGGUAGUCCGAAGUACGCCUUCUUGACCAAAGUUUCCCACAGUUGGGCUUUGAGAACAUCUUCUUCUGUGGCAUCUACUUUUCCAUCCAUACUUUCCCUGUCUGUUUGAGCCAGCCGAAGAGCAGACCUUGCUUUCACUCGAAACAGGGAACGCGCCUCCUGAAGAUUAACCGAAUAACCACAAAACUCUUUAAGGGAUACAAACAAAUAAGAACUUAACCAAUGUGGGAAUGACUGCAUGUAAUAAAGAAGCGCCUCCGCAUGUCCUUCAAUUCGUACUCGCGUUUGCAAGGGUGUUUCCUUAAAUUUUGUGGACAUAAGAUUACACCAGUCCCAAAAAGAAAGUGAUUGAAUGUCCCAUGGAGUAUUACAUCCGCUGUAGACAUCUUGAAGUGUUUUCCAAAGUUCAUCUGCUUCAUUAUUCGGUUCCACUAUUCGCAAACCUGGAACAGUUUUUGAGUUAUUUGGGAAAAAUAAGGCAGUUGUUCUAUGUGAAAUGUAAAGACGUUUGUCAAACUGUCGAGUAUCGAUGGAAAUUGAUGACGGUGCUUGUAGCGUAAGUUCCGUUUUUAUGAUAUUGCUUGAAACCUUAGCUUUAGAAUCCUUACGUUUCAAACGAGUUUUAUGAAUAGCCUCAUUCACAUCAUUUAUUAUAUGCAAGUUUGAUUCGCGUAUUCUUUGAAAGAAUGGGGAUUCUUCCCAAACAUGAGAAGAAGAAAAUCCAACCAUUUGGGAUAUGAGAAAGCGAAUAUGUUUAUAUACAAGGAAGGAGGCCUCAAACUUGUGUUUCAAAAUAAGACAACGAUAGAUGUCAACAAUAUAUUCGUUGUAAUCUUCAAGAGUUCCC